AAUGUUCGGUUACUUGAUCGUUUAUCUUCAAGAAAAUCUGCACUGGGAACCUUGUAUUUAACAGCUACCCAUGUUAUAUUUGUGGAGAAUGAUUCUGAAACACAUAAAGAAACCUGGGUUCUUCACAGUCAAAUCUCCUCUAUUGAGAAGCAGGCCACCACUGCCACUGGUUGCCCAUUGCUGAUCCGCUGCAAGAACUUCCAGGUUAUCCAGUUGGUCAUCCCUCAGGAACGAGACUGCCAUGAUGUUUACAUAUCUCUGAUACGUCUGGCACGACCAGUGAAAUAUGAAGAGCUGUAUUGUUUCUCAUUCAACCCAAAACUUGACAAAGAAGAACGAGAACAAGGCUGGAAGCUUGUGGACCUCAAUGAAGAAUAUAAUCGGAUGGGUAUUCCAAACAACUAUUGGCAGAUUAGUGAUGUAAACAGAGACUACGGAGUCUGUGACUCCUAUCCUACAGAAGUGUAUGUACCGAAGUCUGCGACUGCACACAUCAUAGUGGGGAGCUCUAAAUUCCGAAGCCGAAGGCGCUUCCCAGCUCUUUCCUACUACUGCAAGGAUAACAAUGCCUCCAUAUGCAGAAGCAGCCAGCCUUUGUCUGGCUUUAGUGCUCGAUGCCUUGAGGAUGAACAGAUGCUCCAAGCCAUUAGAAAAGCAAAUCCAGGAAGCGAUUUCAUAUACGUUGUUGACACUCGGCCCAAACUCAAUGCAAUGGCAAACCGAGCAGCAGGGAAGGGAUACGAAAAUGAAGACAACUACUCCAACAUCAAGUUUCAAUUCAUAGGCAUUGAGAACAUCCAUGUCAUGAGAAAUAGUCUGCAGAAAAUGCUUGAAGUUUGUGAGCUGAAAUCGCCUUCAAUGAGUGAUUUUCUGUGGGGCCUAGAAAACUCUGGCUGGCUGAAGCAUAUCAAAGCCAUUAUGGAUGCUGGCAUCUUCAUUGCAAAGGCUGUGGCUGAGGAAGGUGUGAGUGUGCUUGUUCACUGCUCUGAUGGCUGGGAUAGGACAGCCCAGGUUUGCUCUGUAGCAAGCCUUCUAUUGGAUCCAUAUUACAGAACUAUGAAGGGAUUCAUGGUGCUAAUUGAAAAAGACUGGGUUUCCUUUGGCCACAAAUUUAACCACAGGUAUGGCAAUUUAGAUGGAGAUCCAAAGGAGAUAUCCCCUGUUAUUGACCAGUUUAUAGAGUGUGUUUGGCAGUUAAUGGAACAGUUUCCUUGUGCCUUUGAAUUCAAUGAGAGAUUCCUCAUCCACAUACAGCAUCACAUCUAUUCUUGCCAGUUUGGGAAUUUCCUGUGUAACAGCCAGAAGGAGAGACGAGAACUGAAAGUCCAAGAGCGAACAUAUUCAUUGUGGGAUCACUUGUGGAAAAAUCGUGCUGAUUACCUGAACCCUUUGUACAGAGCAGAUCACAGUCAGACUCAAGGCACCCUGCACCCACAGAUGGCUCCAUGCAACUUCUUGUACAAGUUCUGGAGUGGCAUGUACAACCGCUUUGAAAAGGGGCUGCAUCCUCGACAGUCAGUCACAGAUUAUCUGAUGGCAGUGAAGGAAGAAACUCAGCAGCUGGAAGAAGAGCUGGAGGUCUUAGGAGAGAGAUUGGCGAAUCUUCAGAAAUCACAAUUAUUAAAUGAUCAUAAAGUCAAGACUAAGCAACAAGACCGAAGCAAACAGUUAGGGCUUUCUACUUCCAACUACAGCUUAGCUAACACGCCCCAGGAGUACAGCAACGAUCUGAAAUCAUUCCCAUCCCGGAGCCCUUCACAAGGAGAUGAAGAAGAUUCAGCCCUGAUUUUGACACAAGACAACCUGAAAAGCUCUGAUCCUGACCUCUCGGCUAACAGUGAUCAGGAGUCUGGUGUGGAGGACUUAAGCUGUAGGUCCCCAAGUGGAGGUGGCUGCUUGCCUAGUGAAGAUAGUGGCAAGGAUUCAGAUGAGGCUGUGUUUCUGGCUGUCUGA